CGCUCUUGCCCAUCUUAAACCCCAUCUUCCGUCUUUCCCUCCAUUCCAACCGCCACACAUUCCAUCGCACCAUCAAACCCUACGCUACUGGUCUUUCGAGCCCUUUUCGCUCAUCACACAUUGAUCACUGCAUUCACAACGCGACAGCCUUUUUCGCAGCAAUACCCUUACGUUCGCCUCUGGCGCAUCGACUACCCUCGCAUUCAACAAGGCCCAAGCGGCGAAGCGUGCGCACCAUCGCUCCACCAGACGCUCUUGCGGACGGACCAACAUCGCACAGCCUUCUUGGUCCAGCUCUGCUUCCGAGACAUUAUUCGUUAGCAUCGAUCGCGGGCCCUAGCCUUGCAAGAAAGUCAUGUCAUCUUAUCAGUAUCGCAACUCCCAAUACGGGCAGCCGACGGGCAGCCGCGAGCAGCCCCGUCGAGACCAGCGCACCCGCGACAGCGAAGGCACCGUCAGCACAUCCAUCAGCACAUCGAGCGGCCGCGAGUCACAAGCAACGCAAGCCACGGAGCCGCCGACGUUUUCGAAGAAGAUUGUUGUCGUUGGCGAUGGUGGUUGCGGCAAGACGUGCUUGCUGAUCAGCUACAGCCAGGGGUAUUUCCCAGAGAAAUACGUGCCGACAGUAUUUGAAAACUACAUCACCUACCCAGUGCAUCCGCCCACUGGUAAGACAAUUGAGCUAGCAUUAUGGGACACGGCCGGGCAAGAAGAGUACGACCGCUUGAGGCCACUCUCCUACCCCGAGACCGAUCUUAUCUUUGUCUGCUUCGCCAUUGACUGCCCAAACUCGCUGGACAACGUACUAGACAAGUGGUAUCCCGAAGUACUGCAUUUCUGCCCGUAUACGCCCCUCAUCCUCGUGGGCCUCAAGUCAGACCUCCGCUACAAGAGGACGUGCAUAGACAUGCUCAAGACCCAGGGCCUGACGCCCGUCACGACUGAGCAAGGCAUGAAUGUGGCCCAGAAGAUGGACGCCCAGUACAUGGAGUGCAGCAGCAAGGAGAUGGUUGGCGUCGACGACAUCUUCAACCGGGCGAUCCUCACCGUUGUCGCCAACGACCGCAAGAACCUCGAGUCGUCCGCGGGACCUGCCUCCAAGGACGGUAGCAACGGCUCGCGGACGUCGAUGCCUGGCGUAGGGAUACCUAAGAGGAAGAAGAAGGCAAAGUGCCGCAUUCUUUGAGAGGGUCAUCCUCGGGCGUCCUGGCUUCGGCCAGGAAGAUGUGGUGGGCGAGGAACGAUACACACUUGUAAUGACGAAUGCAUGAUCUUUCUGUGUUUUCUUCUUUGCGCUCAAGCUGGGCUGCUUGGCUCCGUUGCGCCGCACGCGCGCGCGGGGCAUCAGCGGCGGUGCAUUGCAGGUUGCGGGCGCAUCUCAGGGAAAUAGGGAGUUGGUAUAUAAGGGCAAUCAAUGGUUUGUGAGAUGAUGAGGGAGAAACAAGAGACAACGGCAAGGCAAGGCAAGGCGCGGUGACGAAUGUGUAUGGAAUCAAGCGCCGACGGACACAUAUGUUUUCCGACAUUUCUUUUGUAGCAGCACGGUUCUUCCUUGUCCCUGGGAUACGGAG